UGUUCUUCGGGAAACACUCAUGUUUUAUUAGAAUUUGUUAGUCGUAAACGUAUCUCAAAGAUUUGAGGACCUGUUGAUGAAAUACAUUUUGGAAUGUCCAACACUUCGUUGGACGGUCCAACACGAUAGCAACCUUGUGCAUCCUUUUGCUUGGUUUAGUUUCCAAUCGACCGACCCAGUGACGAGUAACAUUAAUAACGCAUGAGUUCUUUGUUUCUUGCAAUGUGUAUUUGUUUCUUUACUUCUUUAUUUGAGCUGUUGUGGACAUCCACCAUUUUAGAUGUAGACAAAGAUGAGUUGUGCUGCGCUUGUUUCCUGGAAUGUUCAGCAUGGCUCCACUCGGUUUCCAGGGUGAUUGGGGCAAAUGCUGAGGUCUAGAGUCGAUAAGAUUAUUCUUCUUCAACACCAUGAUGUGAACCAAGCACACCCUGUCCGUUGACGUGACAAAGAGAACUUGAUUGUGUUUGCGUUCAGUAUCAGUUUGAAACAACGCAUGUGCACUGCUUCCUCUCCGUCUUCCGGUUCAACAUUUGCAUCUUGGACUGGUUUGGUGGUUGACCAGGCUCAUGAAAGUUUCAUAUGCUACAAUAUUCUACGUUCUGAAUGCAGGAGCUGCGAGUCACUACUUGAUGCAGGCUUCUUCUCAUCACUCAUGUUUGCAUCCCCAGAUACUGGUACCGCACGAUUUGCACCUUCAGCACAGCAUCUCAUUGUGGGCCGGUUGUGCAACUACUGCAGGAUGUGCAUGGCAUACAUGUUGUAUAGGAUUAAAGAUGUGUCAGGUAUUGCAGCAAACCUUUGCAUCUCGGACCUUUGAAUCCAAAAGUCGUUCAAUGACAGCUCAAUGGUUCUGCGAUCAGUCGAUCAGUCGUCAGGAAUGAGUCUAAGGACAUGAAGGGGGCUACUGACUACUGCACUGACUGAAUCUGAUGCUGAAAAGAUGUUGGAUAAACAAAACGCAAUGAACUUAUUCUCAAUGACACUGUAUUGCCAAUCAUUGGCCUUUUAGCCUUUCUUGUAAUUCUUGUAUCUCAAGUUGUAUCACUGGCUGUUCUUCCUUCAUGCGAACCUGCUUCCUUCAUCUGAAAGAUUCUCAGGAACAGUACUUAGAUACGGGCAAAAGGACCCUAGCAACUGGAGGGAGAUCCUUGUUUUUGGCACUUGGCACCCCGACUUGGCCCGCAUCUACCGCAACUUUUGGGGGUCAAGAUGUUGGACUCAGCCAUUUGUCAGGUUCAAUUCCUUUCGGCUUAUGUUUUCUCAACCAGGCAAUGCCUGAGGCAUGAUUGGACGAUAUUGGACGCCCCAAAGAACCGGUGUUACACGCCCAGAAACGUCUCCCCCUCGCAUGCCCAAGAAGCAACCGUUUGCAGAAGGUGUGGCCCUUCCAAUUCACCACGUGGUGCCAACCACCGGACUGGCUGAUGGGUCUCGCCACCAGCGUCCCGGAGUUCGUGAGCCCAGAGGAGCGGCUCCGGCCAUCCAAACGGAUCGAUUUCCUCGAAGACUUCUCCAAGGUGCUCCAGACUGACCCCCCUCAGGGCUUUUCCGAAAGCAGCGCAGGCUUCGCGAAGGCUUCGCGACGGGUCAGGGCUGACGACUGGGGGCGGUUGGUGCUCGAGAUCACCAUGCGUUUUUGUUUGCCUCCUUUGGCGUCUCUCGCGAGUUGGUUGGGAGAACGUGCGUGUGAUUCACUGCGAUCUGUGUUUUCAUGCGGCGUGUUUUUGCAACUGAAAAUGCGGAUGGCUUCGCCGGAGACACAUUUGCCAACAUGGAUUUGGGUGUGUGCCAAAAUAUGGGUUCUGGUACCUGUACUGGGUGAGUCGAUCAAGACAAACGAAAUCAAAUGAUAUAUAUAUAUAGAGCUUUUUGGGGGCAUCACAGUUUCAAGUUCCAAACAGCUCUCAAAAAUAUCAAAUCAUUCUUCCCCUCAUGUUCUCCACGGCACUUGACACUUGACACGUUCCGUUCUUUGCUGCCUGCAUCCUUCCACCCCGGUGACGCCACUCGCGUCGCACCUCCACGGCUCCGGCCAGCAGUCCUCGGUCCGCGGUCGACGCCCCCGCACCGGGUCCGCCCGUCGCUGGGGGCGUCGACCGAAGAUGCCACGGGUGUCGCGGCCGCAGCGGCCACCGGGCGCCGACGACGGCGACGCGCCCGGCGCGAUGGCGACGCUGAUGGACCUCGACCGAUGUUGGGGGCGCGGGUGAAGACAAAGGAACCGGUCCACGGUCGCCUGGCCUGCGUGUAGAUCAGCUUUAUCCCGAACUCCACCCUCGGAGGUUGCUUGGCCAAAAAAAGAAAAACAGAUAGGGGUCAGGAUUGUCCUCUAACGAGACCCAAAGUAUCCCAAAGUUAGACAAACAAAUGUCAUCAAAUUUCAAUCAAAGACCUGCCGAGCCGAUCUGCUCCGUCGCUUCUUCGCGUCGGCGGGUCUCUGCCACGGAAGUCCUGUCCUGUCACAGGCCCGGCCCCACGGGUCGUGAAAAUUGACUUUUGCAUGAGCAAGAUGCCACCAAGCCAUGCCAUUGAGCAAACAAAGACAGAACUGAACCUUGGGGCAAGGAAUUGUAUGUUUGAUAUUGUUUGAUGUAUUUGGAACGUGAGAAAUACGUCUUCGGUCUUCGCGUUUGACCUCGGAGUCACCUUCGCCCGCGUGCCCUGACAGCAUCCGCCGGUGCCCCGAUGCUCACUUGGACGACGCGUUGACGGCGGAUAUGCUGUGGGCAGCCUGGAGGGUUCUGAAGGGCUUGGGGCACCUUGGAUCGGGAGGCGGUUUUUCUGCUUAAUUAGACCACAGCGGGUGUUGCACCCGAGGAUCCUGAGAAUCAGUCAGUCUCAUGACCUCAAGGAGCGUCGAUGUUGCUCUUGCUCAUGCUGAACACACCAUGACCUUUUUCCUCGAGCGGAUUUGCACACCUGGGGUUUGACAAGAUGAGUCGAACCUGGGCGAAUUGUUUGGCAGACUCAUCUCUUUGGCGGACUCAUCUGAGAUGAAGGUGGCAUGAGGUCCAGAUCCGGACGUCGGACGGGAAGACCGGAGCGUUCAAUCCGUGAAAAAAUCCGUGCAUCGCGCACGGAAUCCGUUUGUUUUUGUUGGGGGGAACACACAUACUGUGAUGUUGCUUCUCUACAGUGGGGAACUGUUUGCAAUGAUGUACAUUUGAUGGUAAUUAAGUUUUUGGUAAGCUUUGCAACAGACUGACAACUGACAAUAUCUGAAGGCCGGUCGCUGCG